AUGAAUCGCUCUCUUCGCCUGAGAGAACAGUCGACCCAUUUGGCCCACCUUUUCUCGAAAGGUGAACGAAGUAAACGAGUAAGAUCCAUAAAAUUGAGUCAACGUGGCGAAGUAGAACAAGUCCAUAAAUCCGGUAUUAACUGCGUUGAUAUCGACACUGGAGAAGGCAAAUAUCUUUUGUCGUCAAGUUCCAAUGGAAAAAUAGUUGUUCACGACAUAGAGGAUUGUUUCUACAGUGAGCAUUUCAAAUGUAACUCAGUUGCCACCGUGGAAAGAACUUUGAAGGACAGCCACAAACAUAGUGUCGAGACAGUUCAGUGGUACCCAAAUGACACAGGAAUGUUUUUAUCCAGUUCGGUUGAUAACACUUUGAAGGUGUGGGAUACAAACGCUCUUGAAGUUGUUGAGAGCUUUCAGUUGGAAGGAAUAGUCUACCAUCAUCAAAUGCCAAGAAAUGCUAGGAAACAUUGUUUAGCAGCAGCAGCUUGCGAGGAUUCCAGAGUUUAUCUCUGUGAUUUGAAAUCUGGCUCAGCAAUUCAUAUUUUAAAGGGACAUUCAAAGGCAGUUAUUUCUGUAGCUUGGUCACCCAGGAGUGAAUACUUUCUAGCAACAGGUAGCCGAGACAAUAAAGUGCUUUUAUGGGAUGUGAGAAAAGCUGUGGGUAGUAUCCUUUCAUUAGAUCAACACAAUGGAAAAGGAGGAUCCAGAUCAUCGUCCAUUAACACAGCUCAUAAUGGACAUGUUAAUGGUAUUUCCUUCUCUCCUGACGGACUACACUUAUUGACCUAUGGAACAGAUGAUCGCUUAAGACUGUGGGAUACUUUUACUGGGAAGAACACGCUUGUUAAUUUUGGUCGCAUCCAUAAUCCUUGCCGCAAGGCAAUCAAGCUUUGCCAGUCAACUGGCACAUCAAGUGAAGUGGUCUUUGUUCCAUCAGGAAGCAAUAUUGAAGUAUUUGAAGUAGUUACAGGAAAGCAUAUAAUCACCUUAAAUGGUCAUUUUAACAAUGUUAACUGCUGCACCUUUCACCAGCAUUUUCAAGCUGUGUUCAGUGGUGCAAACGACACAAAUCUUUUAGUAUGGCUUCCACAGUUGAACAGAAUGACAGAGGAAAGGACUUCAUCGGUAGCUGCUUCAAAUACUGAAAACAAGAGUUAUAAUCCUUAUCAAGACUCUUGGAGUAGUGAUGAAGAGGAAGCAUAA